AAUAAAAUAGAUCUAGGUUAGCAGACGGCGAAGAGAGGUGGAAGAUUGAGCUACAACACAGUAGUGGGUGACUGGCCUUGUUUCUCAUUUCUGUGUCACUCGUGUGUUCACUUGGAAACAAUAUUCUUGUUGGGAAUAUAUCUAUCUACUAGACUACCUAGAGUUUUCAAGACUGCGUUAUCCUUUAUCUUCAGCUGGGCUCACGGAGUUCCCUGAAACCACGGAUUAACUCUCGCCGCUUGACGGGAGCGUGAGCGCGCGCCGGAUGACUCGAAGAGAGGCAGCCCGACAAUGACGUCAUUACGACGGAACUAGUCGUCUGUUCACCAAGAUUGGAAGCCUAGUGAUGCCAUUACCUGACUGCAGCACCUGAUAGCAGUUCUUGACUGCUACAGAAUUACGGUCGUCGCUUGGUCUACAAAUGUCCAUUUUUUUGACGCCUGAAUUCUAAGAUUGUAGUAUCAUGGUGACGUCCUACAGGGUCACCUCUUCCCAGACUAGAUCCUAUUGAUCGAAAGCAAAUGACGUUGAUGGCUUAAUGACGUUGAUGAUGCCUCGGCCUGAAGCUCAGAAAGUAAUCUCCGAAAUACACGUGAUAGUUUCUUGCUGGUCUCUACAAAAGUAACACCCUCCAGCUUCCCACUAGAAGAAAGGCAGCUCUAGUCUAAUACUUGAAGAAAAAAGUCAGCUUGAUCAGCGAUUGUCAUGGAAAAGUCUGAUUACAAUAAAAAUAGUCCCGAAGCUGUCGCCAUGUUGCCGCCCCAUAGUGCGGAGAGCGCCUCUACGCCCACCGCUGUACGGAACCGAAUCUUCAAGGGCGACGCGGAUGACGCCGGUGAGGAUUAUUUCGGCUCGCCCACGACCGACUUAGAGUCCCCUGGCGCCAUCAGCCAGGGCCAGGUUUCCCUCGGUGGCCAGAGCUCGGUAAGCGGGCAAUCGGACCACAGCCGCGUGGGGCUUCUGAAGAAGGGCAACAGGGCAAAAGAUGUAAUCAUCGAGCAGCGGAUGAACAUGUAUGACGAGGAUGAUGAGGAGGACAACCAGUGCCGACUGGGGAGUUUCAGCCCCCGCUGCUUCCAGGCCUGUGCCAACGUGAAGAUGUUCGUGUUCUUUAUGUGUGUCCUGCUGAUCGUGGCCUCGGCGCUGACCACUGGCUAUUUGAACAGUGUCAUCACAACUAUUGAAAAAAGAUUCGAGAUUGGCAGCUCUAUAUCAGGGUUGGUAGCUGCGGCCUACGAGUUUGGGAACCUCGUGGCUGUUAUCUUCGUGUCGUACCUCGGAGCCUCUCGGCACAUUCCGAAAUGGAUCGGCUUCGGCGUACUCAUCAUGGGCACCGGCUCGUUGCUCUUCUCUCUGCCGCACGUGAUUGCUCCCAAGUACACGGUCCGGUCCGGCAUGACGGAGAACGACACGGAGGACGGCAACAUCUGCCGCGCUCCCGGACACCACGCAGAGGAGGACGUCCUAUGCUUUGAGGAGAACUCUGGGAACUGGGGCUACGUCCUGCUCCUGGUGGCGGCCCAGAUCAUGAUCGGCACGGGGGGCACUCCCAUCAUGACCCUCGGGGUGACCUACGUGGACAACCACGUGGCUAAGGAGAAGUCUCCGGCGUACUUGGCUUGCAUUCACGCCUCUGGUGCUCUCGGUCCAGUCCUUGGCUACGCCCUUGGCGCCCUCCUCCUCCAGUAUUACGUGGACACCUUCACCCACGAUGUCCUGAUCACAACGUCCAGUCCCAGGUGGAUCGGCGCCUGGUGGGGCGGGUUCAUCAUCUGCGGCCUGCUCCUCUUGAUGCUGGCUAUUCCUUUCCUGGCGUAUCCCAGGGUUCUGGUGAAAGAGAGAAGGAAAGUCCUGGAAACCAAGACGAAGGAAGCGCUGCUGCAGCCGGGGGACACUGACGAUAUCGUCGCUGGACAGUAUGGACGCUCUAUUAAAGAAAUCCCCAAGGCUAUCCUCCAUCUCCUGAAGAAUCCUGUAUAUGCUGUGAUGUUGCCUGCCAUCUGCUGUGAGAUCUGCAUAGUCAGUGGCUUUGUUGUCUUUCUACCCAAAUACUUGGAAUCACAGUUUGGUACUUCCACAUCACUGGCCAACCUUUUCACAGGUGGUAUUGGAAUACCUGGAGCUGUCAUAGGUAUCCUUAUGGGGGGAUACAUUCUCAAGCGUCUAGCUCUGUCCCCUAAAGGUGCCAUCCAGUUUGUUUUGUUGCUGAAUACUCUAGCCCUGUGUGGCUUCUCCUUCUUCUUCUUUAUGGGAUGUGAUAACCCGAAGAUAGCAGGUGCCAACUUCCCUUACUUCAACAGCUCUGGACACAAGAUUUUUGAAGCCAAUUUGACCUCCACCUGCAACCAGAACUGUGAUUGUUCCCCCAACCACUUGCAGCCCAUCUGUGGUGUGAACGGAAUGACCUAUUUCUCUCCUUGUCAUGCCGGCUGUACAGGAUCCAACUACUUCUAUGAACAUGGCAAGGAGGAGAAAAGUUUUAACUACAGUGGCUGUUCUUGUAUCAGCAACAAUCCCUUGGAUCACUCUAACCUAGAGGUCAUUAUCUCACCUAUGGCUACCAGUGGACCUUGUAAGAACACAUGCGAUCGACUGCUUCCAUUCCUGAUUCUAUUAGUGGGCAUGACCUUCUGUGUGGCUGGCACCCAGAUGCCUCUGUUGAUGGUGACCCUGAGGUCAGUGGGUACUAUGGAGAGGUCCUUUGCUUUAGGAAUGCAGUUUGUUGUGCUGCGACUAUUUGCCUACAUACCAAGCCCUAUAUUCUUUGGUAAUGCUAUAGACACAGCUUGUAUACUUUGGAGUGUCAAAUGCAAAGGGAAUGGGUCCUGCCUUCUGUAUGACAUAGUUAGGUUCAGAUAUCACUAUGUUGGUAUAGCCGCAGGGCUUAAAGUUAUUUCCAUGUGUUUUUUUGUGGGAGUCUGGUAUUUCAUUCGGCGACGGACACUGGCAGAAACAGCUGCUAACAAUGUGCCUCAUGAUGCCCAUACUGGUGUAACAUCCUCAGGUGAUAAAAGUAGCAGUUUAGAUUCGCAAGGCAGGAGUACUCCAAGACCAUCAGUUCUGCCAAUCAGAUCUCCUUCUACACUUGUUAAACAUGGAAACCAGUCAGAUGACCAACAGAAUCAAGCAACUAUAUCUCAUCUUCAAGAUCAGUUAAAUGGUCAUUUCCUGAAUGGCCAAACAGGCCAUAAUAAUGGGCUGUCUUCUGAUUCUCAUGGGGUGAACCCUAGUGGUCAGGGUCUAAGCCUUCCUUUACGAGAGUCUAUUUUGUGAUGAUGUCAGUAUCUAAGGCUGUUACUACCAGAACUGUGUGCUGGAAGAGAGUUGUAUAUAUGCACAGAAAGAUAUUGCUGGAUGAUCAAAUAACUGAAUUAAUAUUUAUUCGUUGGCUUGUAUCAGAGUUAUUCUUUGACAUGUAUCAGAGUUAUUCGUUGGCUUGUAUCAGAGUUAUUCGUUGACAUAUAUCAGAGUUAUUCUUUGACAUGUAUCAAAGUGAUAUUUCAUUAAAAAAGGAGUUUGAUAACUUAUUAUUUGAUUAAACACAGAGGAAGUAAUACAACAAAAAGAGAAGACAGUGAAAAGGUCAAGGACUUAUUGUUGUAUUACACAUAAACUUAUUGAUACAAAUGCACAAGGUUUUUUAAAAACAAAAAUGGCAUUCCAUGCGAAGCAAAGAAUUUACUCACAGACUCAAAGAAAUUAUUGAAAACAGUUUUGUGUUGUUUUUUUUCUGAGCCUGUAUUAUGUAUGGCAAAUUAUAAGCAUCUAAAAAGUGAAAUGACCUGGCAGUUGGAAAUGGAAAGAUUUGUGUUCAUCAUGUGACAGUUCAAAACUUUGUUGAUGUGUUUUGUUUUAUUUUCAAGUGGAGUCAAAGGGAUAUCAAACUUUCCAUUGGAUCAUAUUUGUAUAAGAAAUAUUUCUGUUUUAUCUGCAUUGAUAUUUGCUUGUCUCUUGAUGUUUUUUUCCUGUCUGUAAUGCAGUUCAUCUUGUGAAAUAAGAAAAUAUAGAUUUUGAGGGUGAUGCAAGCAACUAAAUUGCAAGUAACAUUACUACUAUGGAUCCCAUUGAAUGAGUUUUUCUAAAAUUUUGACCAUACGAUUUGUGGAAUCCAAUUCAACUUGAAAUUAACUUGGAGUUCAAAAUUUCAUUGGAGAUCUCUGCAUGAGAGAUAUGUUUCUAACAUUGCAUUUAUUAACUUUGUUUAUUGUCUACUAUGUUAGGUGUUGAUCUUAAGCUGAAUCUCCUCUAAGCUUACAAAGAGAAGCUAGUCUACAGUUUCUAAAAUUUCCAGCCUUCCAAUAUUACUCAUCAACAUAUCAAAACUUUCUGUUACUUGUCAACAACUAUUGUUGUUACUUUUUUUUUUAAAUUACAUUUUUUGUUUUCUUUUUACAAACAGAACAUAAAGAAAUCAAAAAAGUAGUGUUAUAUUUACAUGGAUGGAAAUUAGAUUUCAUUUAUAUAGGCAAGAUUUUUUAUGCUGACCUUUUAAUUGAUCAGACUGUGAUUUGACCAUUGUUGAAAUGACAGAUAUAAUACUGAACAAUAAUUGCUGACUGGUCGCAUGGUAUGUGCACUCUGAACUGUUGUCUCAAUGGUUGCUGGUUCAAACCUUGCCCACUGGCAUCCCCCACUGCCAGCCUGUGGGAGGUUUGGGCUAAGAUUAGAUAAUCUUCAAUUCAAAAACAAGUAAAACAAAAUAAAGUCAAAUAUUCAUAAUUUCUUUUUUUGAUGUCUUAAUUGUUUGGCUUGUGGACCACCAAUUUUAAAAACACUGGAUUUAUGAAGCUGGUAUAUGUUUUUCUUUGAUUUUUAAAUGGACCUAUCAUUUCUAAACUGUGAAAAAAUUUGGUCAAGUUACACACACGCUAGCACUAGACUUUUCUAGUCUAUAAUAUUGUAAAUAUCACUUUCACUAUAAAGUCUGAUUGCAUAUCAUUUAUGUAGUUGUUUGUUGUGAUUGUCACUGCGCAAGCUGUCAUCAAAUCAAAACAUACAAAGCUGUACAUUGUCACUUAGAGAGCUCCCAUCAAAUCAAAACAUUUAUGCAUUGUCCAAUAUAUUUGUAUUACGAACUGGCUGGCAUUUUUUGUACUUCAAGACUCAAUACUCCUCAGUGAAAUGAUUUGUCAGUAGAAUACUCAACAAUUUGAUGUGUUGAGAUGUGCUACGCAAGUAUAAUAUGUCUUUCAUUGUUUAUUGAUUCAAAUAUUCCUACAUGGAAAUGUCAUUUGUUUGUUUACGCCUUAGCAUAGUUCUGGUCCAAACAUUUGUGGGACAUUUCGUAGAGGAAAAGAUAACUGAAUUGAAACUCCUGCCUGAUGAGAUUUUCAAUCUGGAAAUGGCUUAUUGACAUUAGUUUAACCUUUUCUUGCACUAUGUAAUGUUUCUAGUCUACUUUUAAUUUUUUUAUAACAUUUUCUAUAUGCACCAUUGCUAAUCAUGGUUAACAAAAUAUUGUCUGGCUUUUUUUUAUGGUAUCUCUUGGAUUAAUUUUUUUUUAAUAAAUGUUUUUGAGGGGAUAAAUUAAAAACAAAAUGUAGCUCUGAAAUAUUUUUGUACAUUUAGAUUGAAAAUGAAAAUCAAAGACUAAUAAUUUCAUUUUAUUAUUAAUUUUAUCGAUAAUCAAAGCUUAAUAAUUUCAUUCUAUUAUUAAUUUAAUUCUCUUUGCUUUUUUUUUCUCAGGGCUUCUUCAUUUCAUUUAAACUAUUUCUCAUUUAUUUUUCUAACAUGCCGUUUUGUGCAUAUUUAUAGGAACAAGUUUGUCUAUGUUCAAGUCACAACACAUUUUAUGUAGACCAAACAGAAUCAAAUUGAAAUGGACAAAGUAAAAAUCCAGUUCCAAUAGUAUUGGUUACACAAAAAUGUGAUGUUUGUCUUAUGUGAUGUGUAUCAUUGGAUCCUGUGAUUCCUUUCACAUUUCUAUCCCAAUGUUCUUCCAAAUCUCUGGUCAUACAGAUAUUUAUUUUUCUGUCUGUCUCUAGUUUACUCAGAAUCCUAGUAGUGCUGCAUUGGCUUUGGGCUCUAGUUGUCACAAUUACAUGUCCCAAAGUUCUCUAGUGAACUACCCCUACAAUACUCAAAUUUUAAUGAAAAGUUUCCAUGGGUAUGAAGUAAAGUUCUCCUGUCUAUGACAAAGUGAAGUUCCCCUAUGAUAAGGUACAAUCCACCUGUCUGAUAAAGUUAUUUUGUCUAUGAUAAGGAAAAGUUACCCUGUCUGUGAUAAAUUCCUCCUGUCUUUGAUAAGGUAAAUUUUUCUCGUCUAUGAUAAGGUAAAUUUCUCUUGUCUUUGAUAAGGUAAAUUUCUCUUGUCUCUGAUAAGGUUAAGUUCACCUAUGAUGACCAUCACUAAUGAAAAUGUUUUAUGACCAAUACAACAACCUACUAAUGAAAUUAAACCCAAUAUAUUCCUAAUAAAGUUUUGCCUUGAUCAAAUAGAAUUAAACUCUGCUGAACUCCUAGUUAUGUAGAGGUACCACAGAUUGAAUGGAUCCUUGUUUAAAUGUAAGCCUGUAAAUGAUUCUUUUGUUCUUAUUCCUAUAUGUAGCCUCAGCACCAGGGCUCAUUCUAUUUUUUGUCUUUAAAAAUGGUUAUAGUCUAUUCAAGAAAAUUUAGUUUUCAAUUUCACUUUUGUUUCUAUACUAAUCUAGAAGUUUUCAAAGAACAAGAGAGAACCAAACUGCUAUAAUCUGUUUAAACGAGCAAUUAUAAAAAAAGUUUUCAAACAAAAUAUUAUUUCCCAUCAUAUACAUUUUUGUUUACAUCAUUCAACGGUGACCUUUUAUGAUCUUGGAAGGGGAGGGGGCAUAUAAAUUCUGAAACUUGUGUCAUGAUCUGCAUCACCAAAAACAAUUGUUGAUUCAAAUACAACAUAACCUCACAGGCCAUGGUUUGGUCAUUUCUCUUACACAAUUUAUGACCAUUUAUCUUUUUGUAAUACUACCAUUGGAAGAACAAAAGCAAAAACUCAAUUUUUUUACACUGAAACAUAUUCUUUAGUUAAAGAACAUACGUUUAUGUGGACACUUUUUUUACAUGACUUUUUUUUUUACUUAUAUUUCUUUUUCUUUUUUUUUUUUUCAUAAAUAAUCUUUGUCUUUAUAUGAGAAACGAGUCCUUGUAAUCACAACAAAUUUCCGUAAGGAUCAAUAAAGCAGUCUUAGUCUUAGUCUUAGUCUUCAAAAAUUUGAUUUAAAAUUUGAAUAUGGAAAGACUGAUUGAAUCCAAGUAUUUAUCAUCAAGUUUUCCAAACUGAAAAGACAAUAUUGAAAUGCUGUAAAUAAUAAUAUUGCCUUUUUGUUGUUUUUCUGUCAUGACCAGAAUUUUUUGGCUGUUAUGUAGUUGUAGAAACUGUGUUCACAUGCACAGGGCUAUAGCAUGGGGAAGUAAUCAUGUCUACACUUUUGAGCUCUAUGUAUCUGCAUUUAUCUGCACUUUGUUUCUAGGCAUCUUGGUUACAAUGAACUACAAGAUAUUGUUAUUGCUGUACUAUUUUUUGGGUGUUUAUAUUGUUAGUUAUUUAUUAAGAGGUCUCCAUCUUCUAUACAUGUGUAUUACGUGAACUAAAUAGAGUAAUUGCUGCUUUGUACUGAUCUCCAGGAUUGAUUGUGAGUUCAAUGGAGUUUUAGCACUGGGAGGUGACUCCUGUUAAUUUCAGUCCAAGUUUUUAAAUACUAUGGUGUUUCAUACGGGUCAGAUUGAAAUAAUGAGACUUGAUGCCAUUGAAAGUCACAGACUUUUGGCAGGUGAAAUAGAAUUCCCUUGUGUUAAUGGCAAACAUUCUUUAAUGGUUUAAGCCUUUACUUUCCCCAACUGGUGUUUAGAUCAGAGCAUAUAGAUGGAAUCACAAUUUAAUUCCUAGAAAUAAACAAUUAUCUAACACUGAAACAAAUGAGUCACUAUCUUGACAAAUUUUAUUUUGUUUCAUUUCAAAUACUUAAAGUAGCCUUAAUAGCCAUUUAGUUAAAAGCAAUUUAAUCUAUCUGACAGAUUUGGAUAAAUCUUUUUAGAUAUAUUAUGAUGUUAGAUUAUCAUGUAAGAUUGAAUUCUUUUGUGUAUAUAAUAUUGGCAAAAGGUAACUUUUGAUGAAUGUUUGGUUAUAUAUAGCGACAAGACCUUCACCAAUAGUUAGUCCAACUCAAUAGUCCAACAAAGUCAUAAACAUUCUACAUUUUGAUUAGCUAAAAAAUCAGUAUUAUAUUUGACCAUUGUUAAGGUUUGAUUUAAAAUGACCAUUUUAUGGCCCUCUAGAAGUGAUUCUAAAAAUGACCAUUGAUCAAAUGUGUAAAUUUCUCUACAGCAUGGCUGUGCCAGUGAUCUUGUCAGUGUUUGUCCCCAAGUAAACAGCAUGCUGGCAUGCUUUGUUUUGAUUCUUUCUGUCUGUAGGUUUGUUCAAAGAUGUUUGUAUAUAUAGGCCAGACAACCUACAAAGCCCUUGUCAUUGUUGUGGCUUGUUGCUUAGACCAGUAGUUUCCCUUUGACCAUGUAAUCUGACAUUAUCAGUCAGUUGAGACUUGUAAUUGUACUCAGUUUAUUUUGGCUGUCAAAUACAUUUUACUAUUACUUUUUUUUUAGAUUUGCUUACAAUAUGUAUUUAGUAUGAUGGCAUAUUAGAAUUAAUUGUUAUUGUUUUCUUUCAUUUUUU